GCAUUGACUUCUUUCUUCCGUUCCGCGUGUUCUCAGUAAGUACGUCCAUUGUAAGAAAAUGACUAACCAGCUUUGUAAACUGUUUGUUGGCGGCCUGAACGUCCAAACAACCGACGAAGGCUUGCGGGCACAUUUUGAACAAUAUGGACAGCUGACCGACUGCGUGGUGGUGAUGAACCAGCCGCUGCAGCGCUCCCGGUGCUUCGGCUUUGUAACGUACUCGAGCGUCGAGGAAGCGGACGCCGCCAUGGCUGCUAGGCCUCAUGUCGUUGACGGCAACAACGUGGAUCUGAAGCGAGCGGUGGCCCGGGAGGAUGCCGGUAAACCAGAGGCACUGGCCAAAGUCAAGAAAAUAUUUGUCGGUGGACUGAAAGACGACAUUGAGGACGAACAUCUCCAAGAGUAUUUCUCCCAGUUCGGUGCCAUCGAGAAAGCGCAGGUCAUCACCGACAAAGACACGGGGAAAAAGCGAGGUUUCGGUUUUGUUUACUUCGAAGACAACGACUCUGCCGAUAAAGCCGUCGUGAUGAAGUUCCACAUGAUCAGCGGACACAAGGUGGAGGUUAAGAAGGCGCUCACCAAGCAAGAGAUGCAAUCUGCCGGCGGUCGCGGCGGCAGGGGAGGCCGAGGAAUGGGCCGGGGAAGCGGUUAUGGCGGCGGAAGAGGAGGUUACUAUGGUGACUACGGCUAUCAGAACGGCGGAUACGGUAACGAUGGUAACUACGAAAGCCAAAGUAGCUACGGAGGAGGCUAUAGCGACCAGAUGGGCGGUGGAUACGGCAACGGGAAUGGCUACAGUGAUUUCGGCGAGGGUUAUGGACAGCAGCCUUCAGGUUAUGGUGCUGUGAAAACGGGCUACUAUUCCGGCAGGAGCAGUGGGCCCUACCCACGCGGAGGCGGCGGCGGUGGUGGAGGAUAUGGGAGAGGUGCCUAUGGUGGAUAUUAGAAGCACUAAUGUGACUCUUUAAGCUGUACUUCGCUUCUUUUUUUUUACGCAAACUAUUUGGACACUGGACUUUUAAAAACGAAUUGUUUGGUAUUGGGUUUAAAUGAGAAAUGUUCUGUGCCAUUACCAGUACCAGCAGACACGCGUUGUGUUCUUUGUUUAGGUUGAAGUGGUCAUGUUUACGCAUGUCAAGCUUUGUAAAAACCAUGUAGGCUUCUGUAUGAUCUGUUUUAGGUUUAUUGCCUGUCCAUCGUUUGAGAUGAAACUCAGGGGUAAUGAAAUUAAGCAGCUCAUUGUUUCACUUCAUGACCUCCUUUGUUUUUUAAAUGCAACAAUUUCUGUUUUAAUGGUAUUACACCGUUCCUAUUAUAAAACUGUUUUAAGUAUAUUUAAUUUGAUUCAGCAGUGGCCAUAUAAGCCUUUUAACCAUUAAAAGAAAAAGACCUUUUCAUAAACAUUUUCUGUCUGGUCCUUUUUGUCUCCAAUUCUUGAUGCCAACCAUUGUUUCAAAAUGUCUUUGAUCUUUUCUAAUGCUUUCAGGUUUUGGGUACUAUGUAAUGAGCCACUUGAUGCAUUUAAUCAGAAAUAUGCAACGUGUAGGCUGAGAGGGAUUCUUAAGUGUAUUGUGAUUUGCACUAUAUUUCAUGUAAACUUUGACUGACUAUUCUGAAAUCACCAAAUCAGUGUAAUAGAACAGUGGUUUUCACAUUUUGUAUGUUUCCUUUAUCUGACACGCUCAGCUGAGUUCAUGGAGCCUUCACUUAUGAGUUGGCGAUCCCAGGUGUGUAUGUUAAGGAAGCCAUACAAAAUAUGUGGAGCGGUGGGUCCCCAGGACCAUGAUUGAAAACCACUGUAUUAGAAUGAUUUCUGCAGGAUUGUGACUCCGAAAACUGGAAUAAUGGAUGCUGGUGUUGCAUCCACGCUUUGAAUAAAACAUUUUAAAAUCUA